UAAAGAUCUUUUCCCAGUUGGUAGGCUGCCAUUUGAUCCUGGCCUUUGCCUUACAGAAUGUUUUCAGUUUUAUGAGGUCACAGUUGUCAAUUGCUGAUCUCUGAGCAUGAGUCAUUGGUAUUCUGUUCAGGAAGUUUUCCCCAUGCCAACUUUUUCAAACCUCUUUUUUCCACUUUCUCUUCCAUUAGAUUCAGUGUAUUAGAUUCAGUGUAUCUGGUUUUAUGUGGAGGUUUUUUAUCCACUUUUAUUUGAGAUUUGUAUCAGGAGAUAAAAAUGGACCAAUUUGCAUUCUUCUACAUGCAGACCACCAGUUAGACCAACACUAUUUGUUGAAGAUGGUUUCAAUUUUCCAAUAUAUGGUUUUGGCUUCCUUGUCAAAGAUCAAUUGUUCAUAGAUAUGUGGGCUUUUUCAAUGUCUUAUGAGAUGAUCAUGUGAUUAUUUUCUCUUAAGAUAGUUUAUAUUGUGGAUAAUAUUGAUGGAUUUUCAAAAAAUGAACCAGCCCUGCAUCCCUGUGAUGAAGCUUACUUGACCUAGAGCCAGCAAUGAAAAGAAGCAUGUGAAAGUACUCAAGUCACAUAAUGGAAUCCUGGGUUAGAAACACCUCUACGGAAGACACAGACAAGGCACAAGAAUAAUUCAACAGCUAAGAGUCAACAGCAUUCAAUAAAAUACCAACAAAGGAAAAAAGAAUGUCAAGUGAAGAUCAUAAUUUGCAUAGAAGCAUGGAAUAUGCUUGAGAAUACCUGUCUUGGAUUUGUGAGCUAUGACUGAGUAAACUGCAUUUGUACCACACUAGCCAUUUUCAAGAACUUCAAGCCUCCACUCUGACAAAUCCUAUGGCAAUGAAGAUGCAGAAGCAUUUCAAGAUUGAGAACACUAAUGUCACAGAUCUGAGGACAGGAGUACUGUCAUACUGUGGUGAAAACUGAUCAAGCUCCAGAGAGAGUAUAUGAGGAACACAUUUCGAACUGCCUUUUUUUCUUCAGGCCAGUAUCACAUUAUCCCGAGUGCAGCCCAUUCUAGGAAUUUUGAUGUAUCUCUUAUUAUCAAUAUGUGGAUUCUGAGUAACUCCAUGGAUUAAAGGUGUCCUCAUUCACCACAGGCUACUACCAGUUUCCAUCAUUCAUUUGACCAGAGAAAUCCAGUGGCUGUAUUGUAAAGGAAACUGUGCUGAAUCACAAAAUGGACUUCUGGAAUCUGGCAAUCAGAAUUAUUUUUUUAUCACAAACUACAACUGGAAUUAUGGGAAAUUUUUUCCUUAUUUUCUACCAUUUACUUCUUUACUACAGAGAAGGCACAUUAAAGGCAACAGAAUUGAUUCUAAUGAGCCUAAUGCUAGCCAAUGUGAUGAUAAUUCUCUCUGUAGGUGUGCCCCAAACAAUGGCAGUUUGGGGAUUGAAGGAUUUCUUGAAUCACUUAGAAUGUGAGUGUGUAUUGUACUUUCAAGGAUUUGCUCGAAGUGUGUCCAUUUGCACCAUCUGCCUCUUGAGUGUUUUCCAAACGCUCACCAUCAGUCCCAAGAAAUCUUUUUGGAAGUAUUAUAAAGUCAAAGCUGCCAAGUACAUUGGCUGUUGCAUUUUUUUCCUCUGGGUCUUGAAUAUAUUCAUUAGUUCCAUUUCAUUUCUGUAUACACUUAUCACAAAGAAUAACACAAAUAUGACAAGAAUACGAGAUUUUGUAUACUGCUCUCUUAGAGGGACAGAUGACAUCAGUGAUUCACUCUAUGCACCUUUUGUGGUGUGCCCUGAAAUCUUCUUUUCUGUGCUCAUAGCCUUGGCAAGUGUCUCCAAGAUUGCCAUUCUAUACAGACACAAGAAGAGGGUUCAACACAUCCGUAGCAAUCAUGGUUCCAGCCACACUUACCCAGAGUCCAGAGCCACUCAGAACAUCCUCAUAGUGGUGUCUACUUUUCUGGCCUUUUGUACUCUCACCUCCAUCAUAAGAGGCUGCAUAUCUCUUUUUCAUAGUCACAGUUGGUUGCUGAUGAAUAUCAAUCACUUCACUUCUCUGUGUUUUCCUACUUUUGCACCGUUUGUUCUUAUGAGUCAUUACUCCAUAGUAUGUAGAUUCAACUUGGUCUGGUCAAGAAAAAAACUGUCUCUUAAUUUUCUUCUUGCCCAACUGUUCACUCACUCUUCACCCUAG